ACGAAGAACUAGUUGAGAACAGCAUUGAAGUCAUCCCUCAAGUUUACGAAGGCAGGCAAGACGAACCCGAAAAAAUGCUUAUAGUUGAACAUGGCCACUCCCUGAACCUAAGAAAGGCUUCUGUGCUAGCUAAGAAUCUUCUACUUCGAGACAUAACUGAAGAAGGUGUUCACGACAAAUAUGUUGAUGGCGCCCACUAUGAAGCGAAUUUAUACGAAGAUACAACCAAGAAAGCUUCGUUGCUCAUUGAACCUCUUCCAGGAGGAGAUUAUCAUAUUGUUGGCCUACUGAAUUAUACUCACCGAAUCGAACCUCUAGCCCGCAUGGAAAGAUCUGGCAGAACCGUACACAGGGUCUCGCAGCUUGCUAGCAACAAUGGAGCAUGCGAUGCCAUUGACGUAGUUGGAGGCCGGCUUUAUGAGGAGGCCUACCCUGGCACAGGUGCGUAACGAGGAAACCUAUUCUUAGGAAACACAAAGCAAAAGGAAAAAGGAACUAUCGAAAACUGUUGCUUUUAUUACAGAAGCCAGAACUAUGUCUGAAGGCUUUGCUAUAGAAUUGUACCUCAUGACUGACUACGUGCACACAAGGCCAUUUGGAAAACGAGAUAAACAGAGAGUUCAGUAUGCAGCAGCACUCAUUCACUCGGCAAGUAUUGAUGCGUCAUUACGCGGAAUUGAUAGAGAGGUGCGCUUGAGAUGUUUGCCCGAAAGAGAGAGAGAAAGAGAGAGCAAGGAGAGGAAACGGUGGGAGAGGUUGACUAGACGAGCGUCCGUUUUGCUACCCUGCGCCGGCGAUAAGGCAAAAGAUAGGUUUACUUCGAUCGGCUUCUGUUUUUUUUGUUACAAACCGAAGAAAGGAGGCAAACUGUGUUACACCACCAAACACCCAGCCUUCCCGUAAAAAAAAAAAAAGAAAGAAAGAGAGAAAGAAAUCAAUCCGAAUAGGUCUCUUGCAGCGGUGCUGCUUGCAUCAAUUCAAAAAUAAAUUUAUUGACUGCAGUGCAGCGUACAAGACCCCCCAUGCAAGGCAAAGUGCAUAAACUACGAACGAGAGCUGAAAAUAAAUGAAACAGCAAGUGAAAAACACGCAGGCAAGCCAUUAAUUCUUGACGGCUAAUGGUGCACUGCGCAAGCAAAGGACAGAAAUAACACGAAGGGAACGAGGGCACGGUGCCGCCUUCCUGUCUUGCGUCCUCGUUACCCUCGUGUUUGUUCUGUCAAUUGUUCGCGUAGUGCACUACUCGGCCUCAUGACUGACCUGUUACAAC